CUUUUUAAUAGUUACAAGAAGCAAUAAAUAACAAUUUUUUUGUAAUUAUUAUCAAAAAAGCAUUAAUCAGUUUAAUUUUAUCUUAUCACAAUGUCAUGGUCGAUGCAAACAAUUUUCUUAAGUACUAAAAGAAUUAACUAAUACAAUGUUUUAUUUAUUCAGCAACACUAAUGUGAAAAUGCAUCGCUGUAAGAUUAAUUUGCUCUGUAAAAUGUUAUUAUCACUAUAUCUAGAAAAUGAUAAUUGCAAGCACGUAUAUGUACAAAGUUGAUAAAAUUUGUUUAAAUAUGUCAGUAUGCAUAUUACAAAGACAGAAUAUGUAUACUGUGUAUUGCAAAUCACAUAUUGCUAAGUUCUUAUAAACUUUUGUAUUUAAAUAUUUAUAUUCUGACGAUAUUAAGAGUUACGUGACUAGGUCAUACGGUGGGUAUUACAAAGCACCUAUAUAUAUUUUAAGUUAUAAGAAGUUACAACAUCCUUCUGGGAAAGAGCAAAGGAGAAGAUAUUUAUAAAUAGCAAAACUACUCUUUGUGGGACAACGUAUCGCGAAGCAUCAAAUCGGUUUAUUCUUCGUAAAAAAAGUCAUAUUUGUUCGUAGAUGUCAAGAGAUCUAAAGUUUCAAAGCAAUUCGAACGAAAGUUUCGAUACAAAAUUGUGCUGCACCAUUUUGUAGCGACAUCAAUCUGCCAUACUACGUAUUGACGCCAUCAGACGGAAGCAACUUUAUUUGUUAAAAAUAGAGAAAAAUAUUCACUUAUUUAUGCAGAGUGAUUGGAUUUAAAAUUUAAUAUGAUUUGAUUUGAACAUCUCCCCUGAAAAAUGUGCCAAAAAUGAAAUUGAUCGACAUAAAGACUUGGUUACGUGUGUGUGCCGCUGCAAGCAAUUUAUAAUUAAAUCUAACACAAUUAUUUAAUACAUAAUAAUAUGUUAUUGACAUUUAAUUAAAGCUUAUGUAACUGUAUUUUCUACAAAAUUGUCUGUAAUUAUUUUGUUAUAUUAAUAAAUCAAAUAAACAUACAAAGUAUGUUUCAUACACAGAAAGAGUAGAACUAUUAAAAACAGAACUUUGUAUUUAGUGUAUUACUUUCCUAGGUUUUUUAAACAAAAAAAUUUUUCUUUUCAAAUUUGCGAGUUUAUAUUUUAUGUUUCGACACAAAUCUCUACAAAUAUUAGUACUAUACAGACAAAUAGUAGAUAGAAAAGAAAAUUUUGAUAAACAACAAUAAAUGGAAAAUUUGAGAUCCGCAUUACGUGACUAUAUGAGCUUUUAAAUUAAGCUACACGUUUCGUAUCGUUAAUUAUUAACUAUAGGGCCAUCGAAAAGACAAAGAGAAACAAUAGUUUUAUUUGUCUUUAAUUCCUUUAAUCACGCUCUUCUUUCUUGCUCGAGCAGUUUACGGAAAUAUUGAGAAUCGUGAUGAGAAAUAUUUUGAGAUUAUAUUUGCCUAAAAUGUAACCGGACCAAUCCCAUUAAGCAGGCACAUUAAUGCCAAAUUACUGUAGUAUAUGUGCACGAUGGUAUGCCACGCUAGUCAAUUUAAGACUAAUUAGGACUCUGUACGUAGUGCACUGCAAAACAUAUCCUCUUUAUAUAUAAAGGACAUGUAUAUUUUGUAACGGAAUAUACCAUAUUAGAACGGAUUUUUUACGUGUCCAUUUUAUUUAAGCGUGACUGGCGCAAUUCUUAAUGUGACAUGUUAUUUAUAUAGAUCAAUAUCCUUUAUAUAAAUAGGACUGGAAGUAAUCAUUAUAAAACAGACGUUAAACCGGACAUUAUAAAGGAUGUGGUCCGCCAUAUAUAUUAAAGCGGACGAAAUAAACAAAACGCAACGCAAUAUGGCGCGAGCGGUAGCGAUAGCCGUAUCGUUCACUCACAACAGUGUUAACUUGUUACUCUAACGGCCGUCCUCUUCCCAAUUAUAAUAAAUAUUUUUAUUACUAAUUGUUGGUGUUAAUAAUGGGUGUCGAUCGACGCGGUAACCAUCGCGGUAAAUGUACGGCGUGUGAUUGCGACGAAUUUGAGUUGCCUCAGGCGGAUGAUAACACAAAUGUGUGCUCUUUUUGCGGGCAUUAUUCGCCUUUACAUGAGCGUGUGGAAAUAAUUAAAGAAGCUCAUACGCACGAAAUUACAAUGCCUACAAUAGUGGCAAUAGAAAAUUUGACUGACUCAGUACGCAAUGAAGUGAUCGAAGUAAUGGAAGUAAUCAAUCCCAAUGAAGAUCCAGACUCUCAACAAACUCUGCAAUCUGCCAACAAUGUAGAGCAACAGGAUAAUGAUAUAAUUGUAGCUGAGGAAAAUAAUUGGGUAAUAAUGGGUUACGAGUGUUUGCUUUGUGGAUUAAUUUGCAAUAAAAAAACACGUUUAAUACAUCACGUAAAUGUAACGCAUACAAACAGAUCAAAACACACAGUAAUUUGUCAUUGUCGUAAAUGCAAUUUUUAUUUUUCAAUAUUAACAGAAUUUAAGACUCAUAAAUGUGUUGCCCCGAGGUUUGCAUGUGAUUUGCCAGUUGUAGAAUUACAACAAAAUGAAACUAAUGUCAAUACUGAUGUAAUAGUAGAAAAACAUGAAAAAGAAUUGAAUCUUGCCGAUAAAAUUUUAGAUUUCUGUGUACUCCUGGAAGCAAAACAUAAAGUUCCUAAAAUAGCAAUAAACGUAAUGACAAAUUUUCUUGGCUGCAUUGGUCAUGAAAACGAUGUUUCUCAGUCAGUCUCAGAUAGAUUACGUAAACGUCAAUUGAUAAAAAAUGGUGUGUAUCUUGUUCCUCAACAAGUAGAUCUUCCUGAUGGCAGUAGUGGAUAUGUAGUGUCAAUUAUUGAUAUAAUUCAGAAUUUAGCAAAAUUUAAUGAAAUUUUAUCCUUCUUCAAAAAUAAUGCCCCAUUGUCAGAUCAUCACAUAACUGAUAUAAUGCAGGGUCAAAGAUUCAGGAAUCAUCCUGGACAGAUUGCACACGAAAAAAACAACAUUGCUUUGUUAUUAUACAAUGAUGAUAUUGAAUUAUGUAAUCCAAUUGGCAUGCACAGAGGUACUAACAAAAUAUGUUUAUUUUACGUGACAAUUCUGAACAUACCUGUCCAAUUACGAUCACGUUUAGCAGCUACAUUUUGCAUUGCUGUAUGUAAAAGUAAAUCAUUGAAAUCUUUUAAGACACAUGAGAUUCUUCUUAAUAAUUUCAUUAACGAUUUAAAGAUGCUUGCUUCUACAGGAAUUAUAAUUUCUUCUGAUCCACAAGGAGAAAAAUUUUAUGGCUAUUUAUUUGCAUAUCAUGCUGAUGCACUAGCAGCACAUCAAUUAUGUGGUUUUAAGGAAUGUUUUUCUCCUCGCGUUAAGCAACAAUGUAGAAUCUGUACUGCGUCAUUUACAUUAUUUCCUAAAAUGUCAUAUCAUUCUCAAUGUCCUUUGCGAGAUGAAAUACAACAUUAUCGAACUGUCGAUGAAAUGAAAAAAAUGAUGAAGGAAAAUAAGGCAUUGUAUUCCAAAAAGUCUCAAAAGAAUGGAAUUAAGCGAGAUACCAUAUUUCGGCACAUUCCUUUCUUCAAUAUAUUCAAAGAUGUUCUGUAUGAUCCUAUGCACGUAUUAUUGGAGGGUAUUGUUCCAAAAGAAUUAAGCUUGUUCCUGAAAACUAUUGUUUUGCAACGUUUAAUUACUCGUGAUCGCCUGAAUACUCUGAUUAGCAAAUUUAAAUUUCACAAAAGCAUUCCAAGUGGUGAAAGGCCUCGCAUUAUUCCUCCAGAUUUUUCUAUAUCGGGAACCAGUAAAGCAAACUUCACACUAAUGUAUCAUUUGCCGAUUCUUCUGCAUCAUGAUAUUCCUACUGAUAAUCAGCACUGGCAGUGUUUUCUUUUGCUUGUCGGACUUGUUAAAUUGAUAUGGUCACCUGCAUUGACAGUUGAAUCUUUAACUGCAAUAGAGGCUUUAGUUCAUGAACACCAAAAUUUGUAUGUGAAAUUAUAUCCAGGUAAUUUCUUUCCCAAGUUGCACAUGUUAGUUCACUUAGCUGCACAGAUGCACACUCAUGGGCCAGGUAGAUUCCAAUCAUGUAUACGUGCUGAAAGCAAACAUUUUGUUGUCAAGCAAAAGCGUUUUUUUUCCUACAAAAAUAUUUGCUAUUCUGUGAUGGAUCAUUUUCAAAUAGAAUGUGCUUAUCAAAUGUUUCAUAGUAAUGGCUCUGUUAAACAUUCUUUUUUAUCUCCAUCAGCGGACAUAAAAGUUAAAAAUGCUAUUAUAAAAGAGCAUGAAAGUACUAUCUUUGAAAUGUUACCUGAUUCUGAUAAUGUCUCUGAUGCAAUCGAAUUGUCAUACUUAAAAUAUCAUGGUGUACAAUACAAGAACAAUGUCAUUUUGAUAGUUGGAGAGAUUGAUGAUCAUCCUUUGUUCGGUAGAGUUUGUCGCAUAUUUCUCUUUGAAAAUGUGUUCUAUGUGCUUGUGGAAACUCUUCUUACAACAUACCAACAAAACACAUGCAGUUAUGUUGUAUCUUGUAAAAAUGAACUUAAAAUGUACAGCAUUUGCAAACUCGAGUAUCCAUGGACUGUCCCAGAAUAUGUUAUAAAUGGCAAGAUUCACAUUCUUUUGCCUUCGGGGUGGUUUACUGGUCUUGUAAAUUAAUUCCAUUAUUUUAUUAUUUUAAAUAUUGCAGCUUGAUAAUAAUAAAACCCAGUUAUUACCUAGCUUUAGUUCAUAUGUAAUGCCUUUUUUGGAAGGGCAAGCUAUGAGUCCCAAAAAAAAAAAAAAA